AUGGUGUACACCAUCCUGCCCGCUCCCACCCUGCCCGCUCCCACCUUGGCCACCAUUCAGCAGCUGGAAGGAAGAUGGCGCCUGGUGGACAGCAAAGGCUUUGAUGACUACAUGAAAGAACUAGGAGUGGGAUUGACUAGGCAGAAAAUGGAUACAAUGGCCAAACCAGAUUGUGUCCUCACCCUUGAAGGCCAGGAGCCCAACAUAAAAACUGAAAGCACUUUGAAAACAACACAGUUUUCUUGUACCUUGGGAGAGAAGUUUGAAGAAACUACAAAUGAUGGCAGAAAAACUCAGACGGUCUGCGACUUGGUCGACGGUGCAUUGGUUCAGCAUCAGGAAUGGGAUGGGAAGGAAAGCACAAUAACAAGGAAAUUGAAAGAUGGGAAGUUACUGGUGGAGUGUGUCAUGAAUAAUGUCACCUGUACUCGGGUCUAUGAGAAAGUAGAUUAAAAAUGCCAUCAUCACUCUGGACAG